GGCCUGCGGGGGGACCGGGAUCGCAGAGCAGGGCGGUAGGCGGCUGGCUGGCACCGUCCCGGCAGACGCCUGGCAGCAGUGGGACCCGACUGGCCGGAGCCGGCCGAGGGCGCGCCGUGCCGCCGCCAUGACAGAGCAAACCUACUGUGACCGCCUGGUCCAGGACACGCCUUUCCUGACGGGCUGCGGGCGCCUGAGUGAGGGGCAGGUGGACAGGAUCAUCCUGCAGCUGAACCGCUACUACCCCCAGAUCCUCAGCAACAAGGACACAGAAAAGUUUCGGAACCCCAAAGCAUCCCUGCGCGUACGGCUGUGUGACCUCCUGGGCCACCUGCAGCGGAGCAGCGAGAGGGACUGCCAGGAGUUCUACCGGGCCCUAUACAUCCAUGCCCAGCUGCUGCACAGCCACCUGCCCAGCCGGCUUGCCCCCCAGAACUCAGAUUGCACAGAGCUAGCCUCGGGCACCAGCCGCGCACACAGUGACAGGGGACCGGUGGCCUUCCUGGCCUACCUCGGCCUAGCCAUAGGGCUGGCGCUCCUGGCCUACAGCCGCCCUCCUGACCCCAGGGUGCUGCCAGGGGCCAGGCGCGUCCUGGGCUUCUCCCCCAUCAUCCUUGACAGGCACGUCAGCCGCUUCCUGCUGGCCUUCCUCACAGAUGCGAGGCUCUGACACCCCAGCCCUGCCCUGGGGCGAACAGCAUCUUCUCUAUGAACUUGCUUCCUGUAUUUAUAAUCCUGUUAAGAAGUGCUCACCCUUGCCUUACAAAGUAGCUCAGCAGAAUUAAAUGUGGAGAGUUCUCUCAUCUCUUCA